AUGGUUUCCCGUUGGCAAAUGAUCUUGACAGAAUAUGACAUACAAUACACUACUAAGAAGGCCAUUAAAAGUAGUGUGAUCGCUGAUUAUCUUGUACAUCAGCCUGUGGAUGAUUACCAGACUAUGUACUUUGAGUUCCCUGAUGAGGAUAUCAUGUGUGUGGCAAAGACCUCUGAUAGUCAAAAUCAAGAAGAAGGACCUGAACCAGGGGCGCGAUGGACGCUUGUGUUCGACGGUGCUUCUAAUGCAUUGGGUAAUGGUAUUGGGGCUGUAAUUACUUCUCCGACAGGUUUUCAUAUUCCGUUCACGGCCAGAAUUUGUUUUAAUUGCACUAAUAAUGUGGCUGAAUAUGAGGCUUGGAUAUAUGGUAUUGAGGCUGCCAUUGAUUUAAGGAUUAAAAAUCUCGCAGUUUAUGGAGAUUCUUCUUUGGUAAUUAGUCUGAUCAACGGAGAUUGGGAAACACGCCACCCCAACCUGAUUCCUUAUAAAGAACAUGUUGUGAAAUUGGCUCAAUACUUCGAUGACAUCACUUUUGAUCACAUCCCUCGAGAGGAAAAUCAUUUGGCUAAUGCUUUGAUAAAAAGAUUGGAUGAGCCUGCAUUCUGUGGCGUUGUUGAUAAUGUGCCUGAUGAGAAACCAUGGUUUUAUGACAUUAAGAAAUUUCUGGAGACUCAAGAGUAUCCUGAUGGUGCUUCUCUUACAGAUAGGAAAACUCUGAAGAGAUUAUCUUCCAAAUUCUUCCUUGCUGAAGGCGUAUUGUACAAGAGGAAGAUGCAUGGAUAG